AGAAAAAUCUUGGAGUCUUUCUGAAGUUUUUAGUGAGAGAAAGUUGUUUCUUCAUAAUAAAUUUAUAGAGAGAAAAAUGGAACUCUUUGUGGAGUUUUGAGAGAGGAACUUCGACGGAUGUCUCAGUGAGGGAAAGUUCUUGAGAAUUUUCUAUCAGAAAGAAAGAGGAAUUUUCAUCAGAGCUUCAAAUCCAAGUAGGCCCAAGCUGAAAACAUCUGGGGAAGAAGAGAAAGAACCGAAAAUUGGUGGAAAGAAAAUUCAAAGAUUUCCCAGUUAAGGAUGGUGAACUUGUGCUUUCCAAAAUGUAGACUGCUAAGGGUAAUGGGCACGCUUCAAAUUAUAUUGGGAGGCCUUGUUAUAAUUGUAAGCAUAUCUAGUCUCUUCAGGUUCUACUCCGCCGGGUUUUUCCUGCACAAUGAAGAUAUUUGUCGCCAUUUCUAUGGCUUCAAGGAAGAUUAUGAGGGCUUUGAUAUCAAGGCGUUGUCCGCACGGGUUGAGGAAGUACUAGCCCAGAUGGAAAGUUUACAGAACAAGCUUGAAUCGACAGUACAACAGAUGGAGAAGAACAAGGAGUCUAUGGCUGCCAACAUUUCAAAAACUGAAUAUAAAAAGUUCUUGGAGGAGGAGGUGAUUCAGCCCCUUUACAGUGCUCACAUUUCUCUCAGACAGAUUCGGUUUCCCAGGGCUGAAGGGAUUGGGAAUGCGACGAUUAAGGAGGAGCCCUUGAUCAAUUCCUUUGUAGUGGAAGAGAUUCGGAAAUAUAUAACCCCAAAGGAGAACAGGCUUGGGAGGAUCAAUAUUUAUGGAACAGGGAAGGUAUACAACACUAUAGGACAUGCUUGUGUGCUAAUGAAGAAGGAAUUGGAAGAGUACAUGGACUAUGAUAUUGGGUCGUAUUGUAAAGAUGAUUGGAAUCAAGCCCAGAAGCUCAUGAUCAACGGCUGUGAUCCAUUGCCCAGAAGGCGGUGCCUGACAAGGGCAUCGAAGCUCUAUUUCAGGCCGUAUCCAAUCAAUGAGUCUCUCUGGAGAAUACCAGAUGGUAGAAAUGUAAGGUGGAGUAACUAUCAGUGCAGGAACUUUGAAUGCUUAUCGAGCAAGAAUCCGAAGAGGGGGUAUUCAAAGUGUGCUGGGUGUUUUGAGAUGGAGAAUGAAAAGCUUAAAUGGGUGACCAACAGCUCACUGCCUGUAGAUUUCUUGAUAAGGGAUGUUCUGGGAAUCAAGCCGGGCGAGAUCAGGAUAGGCCUGGACUUUGGUAUUGGUACUGGGACUUUUGCAGCAAGGAUGAGGGAACAGAAUGUUACUAUCAUCUCAACUGCUCUCAAUCUUGGGGCUCCUUUCAGUGAGACAAUCGCACUUAGGGGCCUGAUUCCUCUGUAUGUGACACUGAAUCAACGGCUCCCCUUCUUUGAUAACACCAUGGACUUGAUUCAUACAAGUGGGUUCAUGGAUGGCUGGCUGGACCUGCAGCUGAUGGACUUCAUCUUAUUCGACUGGGAUCGGAUCUUAAGGCCUGGAGGGUUGCUAUGGAUCGACCGGUUCUUUUGUGACAGGAAGGCUCUGGAUGACUACAUGUACAUGUUUCUGCAGUUCAGGUACAAAAAACACAAGUGGUCUAUUUCUCCCAAAUCAGGAGAUGACGUUUUUCUUUCUGCAUUGCUGGAGAAACCUCCAAGAUCCCUAUGAUCAUACAGUGUUAAUUGCCUUUUCCUUGUUUUUAAUGAUCUUAAGCUAUGAACUCCAACAUAUUUUCUUGUGACUUGUACUCUCAAAUGUUAUCUCAAGUGUUUAUAUACAGAAUUUUCCUGCAGA